CUCAAAGGGUUGCUGAGAGCAAUUUCUCGGCACAAUUAACGUCCAUUUACGAAUAAUUAAUUAGGCCGAUGAGCGCAAGUAGCGGUAACAGUGUUAAAGCAAGGAGCGACACGUCGAGGAAGAGAUCGACCUCCGCUCAAAAAGAUCUAUAUAUGAAACCGCUGUUAAGGUUAAAGCAACAGGAAGGCAUUCUUGAAAAGGGGCUUGUCACCGCUAUCGAGAACAUGAAAAUAGACGCGAAUCUGGUACAGGACAUUAUGAAUCAACACAGAGAAUUGUCUUUGGAAAGGCGAAACUUUUUAGACGCGAUGCACAAAAACAUAGAAGACAUCGCUUCCGAAUUGGAUUCUGCGAAACACAUUGCGAACAAUCCGGAAGAUUUACAAAAGCUAGACAUAAAUACGUACAAGACAAAGUUGAUCAAACUCUCGCGAAAACUGCUGGACUUCGAGAGAUCCUGUCCGAUUCAGACAUUGACGGAGGAAGGAGAUGCAUUGAGCUCCGAACUGCACGAGCUUCACUUCGAUUUGAACAAAUAUGAGAAAGCGCAGGAAAACGCGACGCUUCUGUCGUUAUCGUGUAAAAGUAAGGUGGAUAAUAAACGAGAGAAAUCGGAAUACAAAGGCGCGGACGAUUUUCACGAUCUGGUCGCGGUGACGGGACACACGGAAAAUUGGCCCAUGGAGGAUCACUUGUUUUUCUUGAAAAUGCGAAAAACGUGCGAGAACAUUCCAACGCUGGUUGCAGCUAUCCAGAAAAAGUUUCCGGAUCUGUCCGUUGAAACGAUAGUGAAUCACGAGGCGUGGUACAAACAGUACGCAGAUUUACGCGAGAAGCAAAAAGCAGCGGUGAAAGAAUGGCGUCAGAGAAAGGUGGAAAAGAAGAAAAAUAUGGACGAAAUGGACAGAAAAAUUGAAGAUCAUUGUGAGGAUGAAGAUUGUCUGAACGAAGUCCCCGAGGAGGAAGCAAUUGAUACUUUUAAGAAAACAAGACCGCCCGCGAGGGAAAGCAGAAGCACCAACAGCAGCGCCAGUUCGAGUGAAAGUCAGAAGAAAGAAUUGAUCAAAAAGUGGAGAAUGGAGAAAGAGAAUAAGCGAUUUAUGGACGAGGAACAGAUAAAAAUGCAGACGAGGUUGAGGAAAGAGGUGGAGGAGAGUAAGAGGAAGAAACGUAGGGAGAAGAUCCAGGUAGCUUUGGACGAGUAUAAAAAGAAAAAGUGCUUGGAAAAUGUCUUGAAAGAGAUGGAGGAAAGGAGCUCCAAAGAAAGACGUGUAUACGACACAACCUUGAUAAAAGCAUUUAGGGAACAAGACAAAGAAUUUACCAAGAGGAGGAAAUGUUUGAUCCUACGUUCGAAAAAGCCGAACAAGUACCAGGUGAAUAUAAAAAGGAUGGAGCUCGUAGAAAUGAGGAAUUACUCGACAUUGUUAAACACCACGAAAGUUUGGAGGGAGAAAUGCAAAGCGGAGGAGCCGGCAAGGCAGUCAAACGAAUUUCGAUACAUCAAGGAUUUGCCAAGAACGCGUAUCCGAUGGAGGAACGAAAAAUCGGAGGAUCUAAAAAUCUAACAAGAAAUAUAUCGAUUAAAAAAUGUAAAAGACGUUAGUAUAAACGAUCGUGUUAUCGUAUGCCUAAUUUAUUGUAUGUACUCGUACAAGUUUUAUUCUGUAAGUGUAACUUGGUAACUAACGCGACUCAAAGUACGUAUAAAUAUACAAUUUUGUCACUCGUGAA